AUGGCCGAGAACGGGACUGAAGGGACCGAGUUUCUCCUAACGGGUUUCCCCAGGCAGCUGGAACUGCAGAGGGUCCUUUUCUGGGUAUUCCUGGUAUUUUACCUCCUCACCCUGGGAGGCAACCUGGGUAUAUUCGGGCUCAUCCAGGUGGACACCCAUCUCCAGACACCCAUGUACUUCUUUCUCUGCCACCUCUCCCUCCUCGACGCCUGCUACUCUUCGGUCACCGUCCCUCAGAUGCUGGUGGCCCUGAGUUCCGGCGGCGCGUCCGUCACAUCUGGGCAAUGUGCGGCCCAGUUCUUCCUCUUCACGCUGUUUGGCACCACUGAGUGCUUCCUCCUCGCGGUCAUGGCCUAUGACCGCUAUGUGGCCGUGUGCCACCCCCUCCUCUACGUUGCCAUCAUGACCCCCCGGGCCCGCUGGGGUCUGGUGUCCGGGGCUUAUGCAGGGGGACAGCUCACCAGCACGAUCCGCACGGGCUGCACCUUCUCUCUCUCCUUCUGUAAGUCUCGCCACGUGGACUUCUUCUUCUGUGACCUCCCGCCCUUGUUGAAGCUGUCGUGCACUGACACCAAGGCCCAAGAGCUGGCCAUCUACCUUGUAGCUUUCUUCGUCAUCAUGACCACCAUGGUGGUGAUCCUGGUCUCCUAUCUGUUCAUCAUCAAGGCCAUCCUGUGCAUCCGUUCGGCCGGCGGGAGGGCCAAGACCUUCUCUACCUGUGGCUCUCACAUGACUGCAGUGGCUCUGUUCUUUGGGACUAUCACCUUCAUGUACCUGAAAGGCAGUAUGGGUCAGGCCCUGGAGGUGGACAAGGUGGUAUCUGUGUUCUACACCGUGGUCAUCCCCAUGCUUAACCCCAUGAUCUACAGUCUGAGGAACAAAGAGGUGAAGGAGGCCCUCAGGAAAAUUCUUCACAGGACCAAGUUCAUGAAAGGCCAUAAAAGGUCAACUCCUACUCUCUCCUAG